AAAGCACAGAAGACCCGAGCAAAUUUAAGAGUCGCACCAAAUAAACAUGGCCGCUACCCUACAGCCAGACGUGUAUGUUAAAACUACGGAUGAAGAAAUUAAUUCAGCAAUGGAAACCGACGAGUGCUCGGCCAAGGAAAAUGGAAGUGAACCCGAAAAGAAAGACUCAAACAAAACGGAACCAGAAAUAGAGGACACUUUUAAGAAACCGGCUCUUUUUGCCGCACCUUCCCUCACCAGUAAACGCAGCUCUACCAGCACCGCGGCUCCAGUUAAGCACAAAGAAGCUGAAAACAAAAGUUUGACAGAAAACAACAAAGCUGAGAUUGUGGAGGCUUGUAGCGAAGACUCUUCGGAUCCUGCGAGUGAAAGCACACCAGCUGUAAAAGCCCAAGAAGAUGAUACAAAGGGCGGCAAAGACAAGAUGGGGGCUCCUGUCAAAACCAAACCAGAAUCCAAACCCCGUGUUCUCCCUAAAGGUCCCCCGGCUGGUAAAUUCCCCCCUAUUCCGUACACAGAGCCAUCCUGGGGAGGCUCAGCACCAGAUAUCCCGUAUGCUCUUGAAAUCCUUAAAAACGGCGCCAUAGUGGACACGGUGCCCCUCACACAGAGGAGUUACUUUGUGGUUGGACGUUUACCUGUAUGUGACGUCUCUUUGGAGCAUCCCUCCAUCUCCAGGUACCACGCUGUGAUUCAGUACCGCGGAGAGGCCGGAGAGGGGGAGUCCGUGGGGGAGGAGAGGGGGUUUUAUAUCCACGACCUGGGCAGCACACACGGGACUGUGGUGAACAAGAACAAGAUUCCCCCAAAGACCUACAUCAGACUGAAAGUGGGACAUGUUCUGAAGUUUGGUGGGAGCACGAGGCUUUUUAUCCUGCAGGGCCCAGAGUUUGAUGAGGAAGAGGAGUCUGAGCUGACAGUGACAGAGCUGAGGGAGAAGGCCAGAAAACAGAGGGAGGAGCUGGAGAAGAGGAUGAUGGGAGAUGGUUCUGAUGACGAUGAGGAGAAGGAGGAAGACGAGGAAGAGAAAAGCAACAAGGGCCAGAGCAAACCGUCUGAAGACUCGGGCUGUUCGUGGGGAAUGGCUGAGGAAGCUGUCGCAGAGGAAGACGAGAACGAGGAAAACCCUUUCUCAACAGAGUUCCAUGAGGACCAGGAAGCAGCGUACCUGAAAGACCCAAAGAAAGCUCUGCAGGGUUUCUACGACCGGGAGGGAGAGGAGCUGGAGUUUGAGUAUGAGGACAAAAGCCACGGCAGCUGGCUCUGCAGAAUAAAGCUCCCAGUGGAUGAUGCUGUGGGCCGACAGCUGGUCGCAGAGGUAACCCACGCAGGGAAGAAGAAAGAAGCAGCCAUCCAGUGCUGCCUGGAGGCUUGUCGAAUGCUGGAAGCCAGAGGGCUUCUGCGCCAGGAGGCAGUGUCCCGGAAGCGUAAGAAGAAGAACUGGGAAGAUGAGGACUACUAUGACAGUGAUGACGACACAUUCCUGGAUCGAACUGGCACUGUGGAGAGGAAGAGGCAAGAGAGGAUGAAGAAGGCGGGGAAGAUUGAGGAGCGGCCUGAGACCUAUGACUCACUGGUGGCCAAACUGUCAGAGGUGGAGAGGGAGCUGGCAGAGACUCAGAAAAAGCUCAGUGCGGGUAGAGGAGACUCCUCCGGCUCGUCCACCGAGGACCCGCUAGACGCCUUCAUGACUGCAGUCCGCAAAGAUGCAGCGAUGGACGCUGUGGAGCGCAGGAAGCUUCACGUGCAUGUUGCGGAUUUACGCAAAGAAGCUCAGAAGCUGAAGAAACUUGUUGAGCUCACACGGCCUGCACAAAUGCCUUCACUGCUGCCGAGUGGAAGCUCAGAGCCAGAGAAGCCUAAAAAGACUUUACCACUGUUUGGAGCCAUGAAGGGAGGAAGCAAAUUCAAACUGAAGACUGGCACCAUCGGGAAGUUACCUCCAAAGCGGCCCAACUUGCCCGCAGAGCUCUUCAACAUGAAAGGGCUUACACCUGGUGGGGAGGAGGUAGAAGAAGAAGAGGAGGAGGUGGAGGAGGCAGAGAAAAAAGCUGAGGGGAAUGAUGAUGAAGACUGUGAGAAUAUUACUGACAUUAAUGUUGAGUCCAGUGCAUCCAUGUCUACAGACAGCUCUCCCUCAAGACUGCAGCCAGCAAAGUCCCAAGAUGCAAAAGAGCAACGGCACACAGAGAGAAGUAGCAAGGAGUCUGCAGAAACAGCGGAGCAGGUUUCUCAAAGCGGCAGCAAGAAAAAGGCUGUGGUCCUGUCCAGUUCAGAGCCGGCAGCUGAGGAAAGCCCAAAAAAGAACAUAAAGAAGAAAGUGAUCGGCCCUAGCAAGCCACCAGUGCAGCUGUCGAAACAGUAUCCAGAGGAUGACCCUGAUUACUGUGUCUGGGUUCCUCCUGCAGGUCAGAGUGGAGAUGGCCGCACACACCUCAAUGACAAGCAGAAAAUAGAAAGGGACAGAGCGGGAGCGGUAACUGAUCUGAAUUCAGCUCUGUGCUCUUUGGCUGCUCCUCUUGCAGUUAAGUCCACCUGACAUCCAAUCUGCAUCCCUCCCCUAUUUGGCUUCAGUCGAUCGCUGGCAUAACCUUAUUUUUUUUCUCCAAAGGAGAGUGUGUAGUGAGGAGGGAGAGAGAGGGAGAGCAUUGAAGCAGCUUUUCUGACCAUCUGGACACUUGGAUGGCUUACUGGAUGAAACGCAAGCUGAUAAUGACUCAAGCUAAGUGGAGUGUGCGUGUGUGUCUGCACCGACACACACACAGCCCAACCUUCUCAAAGUUCUCUUUUUAACAAGAUUGUCUUUAUGAGCCAGUCAGCUAUGUGACUGUUUGCCUGGAGCAGGAUUCCUCACUCUGUGAAAUCCCACUCAGUGCUGUUCUGUUGGUUUACUGCCAUAUUUCCACCCUCUUUCCUGUCGUCUUAACCCAAAACACAAAGUAAAGAAAUGUAUUUUGUGAUAUAAAUGUAAAAUAAAACGCUCUGUAAAUAA